AUGGGACAAGAAUCAGAUUCCAAAGCCAGGUUGGUGUUAGAGAUUUGUUCCAUUUCCACACGUUCUGCAACAUGUGUUCAUACCAUUCUUUCAAACCCAACCAAAACAACUUUCAUUGACUGGUAUUGCAUUCUUGGAGUAGAAGAAAAUGCAGGGGUAAAUACAAUUCGCAAGAGAUACCAUAAACUUGCCUUGCAACUUCACCCAGAUAAGAAUAAACACCCAAAGGCUGAGAUUGCCUUCAAGCUCGUUUCUGAGGCAAAUUCAUGUCUAACUAAUGAAGCAAAACGAGAAGCUUUCGAAUUCGAGAGGUACAAGCAUUUCUGUAUCGAGUGCAAAAGAAUUCCAUAUACAUCAUCCAAUGUUAGUGCGGAUUCCAGUAGUUCAGGUUUCAAGGCAUGGAGUAUUAUGACAAGGUCAAGAUCUUUAAAGUUUUGGAGAAAUAUUAGGGACAUUGGAGAGAGAUUUAAGGAAGAGGCUAAUGUGAUUGAUAAUUGUUUGAGAGUAAAUUCAAUGUCACGGAAUGAAUCUUCUUCGGUCUACAAUCGAGCUAGUUAUCUAAAUAGGAGCGAGUCGGGGCAUAGAUUUGAGAAAGAAACUCCUGUUUUCGAUCCAUCGGAUUACUUGUACCAAAGAUAUCCUCAUGUUAACAAGAGUUCUUCCAUGUUUUGGUACUCGCGGAGAAAUAGUAUGGUCGAAAAUGAAAAGAGAGGAGCGCGAUAUAGUUCUCCUGUUUUUGAGGUCAAAAGAAGGACUAUGUUUUCAAACCAAUUUGGUUUUGUACCAUCAAGAUAUUAA